GGAGAUGUUAGAGCAAUUGGUCUGUAGAAUAUGUGCAGUUCUCCAUAAUUCAGGGACAAUUCCUGUCUUGAAUGUAUUGUUAUAUAAAAUUGAUAAGGGAAGGGCUAAUGGGGUAGAACAUUUUUUUAAGAAAUAUUGAUUGCUACUCUCAGGGCUAUGAGAUAAUUUAUUGGGGAGCUUCUUAAGCAAUUUUUCUAUUAUAUAUGGUUCGAAAAUAAUUUCUUCCCGGUAUUCAUCCCUAUAAUCGGCUUCAAGGUUUGCUUGCUUAUUGUUUAUAUCUCCAUUAACUAUUUCUUCAAAAAUAGUUCUAAAUAUAUUAACUUUCUCUGUGUCAGAUAUUAUUGGGUCACUUUCCUCAGAUUGCUUAAGUAUUGGUAUGCCAGAGAAGUUAUAUCGAUUUUUUUUCAUUAAUUUAUGAAUUUCCCCUAUAUGCCCAGAUCCUAUCCUUUUUGACAGAUAAUUGUUUUUAUAUUUUUCUAUUUGUAAUUUACAUUUAAUUUCAAGACUUUUAUAUUCUUC